CUCUAGGUAUGAUUAAUUACAGUUGCGGAUGCAUAUUUGCCGCCGGAUAAGAGAUAGACCGAAAAAUAAAAAAAGAGCCAGUCCGGCCCGCUAAAUCUUCUCUCCCGCGCAAACGAAUCCCAUAACUUCUUUCGUCUUCCCUCAAAUCGCACCAGUAAAAACGCUUUCACAUUCUCUUCUAGCACCACCAUUUCCCUGUUUUCUUCGGCAGCUGAGAAGCAUCAAACGAAUUAAGAGACCAUCAAACCUUCUCUUUGCCGAUUCUAGGUUUUUUCCAACCCUCUCUCCCUCAUCUGUUGUCACUCCUUCGGCAGCUGGGAACCGAACUGAACUCAUCUCCGGCGAGGGAGGAUCCAAGUUAUCUUCUCAACAUCAAGCUCAUUUGAGGGUUCUUUCAUUCAAGGAGUAAACCAAAAUGUCUCUUGUGACAGUCAAUCCGAUACAGUUCGGGGUCAUGGGCUUCCUCCAUACCUGUCCAAAUCCUAUCUGCCUCCCCAUACCAAAUCAAAAUUACUCUGUGAAGCAUUUGGUAAUUGAAGCAAAGGCAAAUACUAGGAAGGAAAAUGCCAAAGUCCGAAACAGGAGAUUACAAAGGAAAUUUAAUGGAUCGUCUGUGAGACCAAGGCUCUCAGUUUUCUGUUCGGCCAAGCAGUUGUAUGCUAUGCUAGUUGAUGAUCAGAACAAGAAGUGUUUAUUUUACGGAAGCACACUACAAAAUCCCAUCCGAGAGAAUGCCUCCUCUAGCACCAUUGAAGCUGCUCAAAGAGUUGGUGAAGAGCUAGUUAAAGCAUGUAUUGCUCACAACAUUAAUGAAAUAUCAUCUUAUGAUCGCAAUGGUUUUGCUCGAGGGGAUAGGAUCCAAGCUUUUGAGAUUGCAAUUUCCCGUCAUGGAUUCCUGCCACGCUAAGCUUUCACGGUUUCACCUAGAUGUGCAUGCAGUCUACGUAUUUAGUGGAUUUGCAUUUCAAUUAAGGCUCUGUUGUUGCUAUGCAACAUUGGACCCAGUACAAAUGCUUUCAUCUGCUGCAGAUCUCUUCAUCUCUAGAGGCCAAAGCAAGUAAGCAACCAUUCACCUUCGCGUUGUUACCGGUCUUCCUUGCAUUCAUAUUGUCUUGUUCCCAAAGCAAAGCUCUCUAGACUCCCAAACACAGUUGGGUUGGCGAUUUCAAAAACAAAUAAAAACAAAAAGCAUCCUUUUCUAGAACACACCCCUUGAUGAGUCAUAUGUUGUAUUUACUAAGAUUCAACUAGUGGCAUGAUCUAUCUUUAACCGUAUAAGAUAUACAAAAGUAAUCAAAUAGAUAUGAUUGAUUUAGACUAUAA